AUAUUUGCUGUAAAGCUACUUUCUUGCUGAAUAUUUUUAGCAUGGCCAGAUAUUUGAGACCUCCAAAUACAUCGCUUUUCAUCAGAAAUAUUUCUGAUGAGUCCAGAAAAUGUAAAGGCAUCCAGUUGUUGUGGAAUGUCCGGUGUAGAGUAGGAUCUAAAACAAGCAGCAGAAGACCGCCAGGAUGACAAGAAACAGAGAGAGGGAAAGGUUGAAAGAGAAAGAGAAUUUAAAGCUUGAAGAGACAAAGAGGAAAAAGAGGGACUGAGUCGAGGCUCGGAUAUGUCAUCAAAGAAAAGAGGCAAAGAAAAGAGGUUUAAAGGGCAAAGAGAAGCAGGAAACCAAGUUCUUCUGGGAGGCGGUUAAAGAGCUUAAAGAUCAAGAUGUAAGUCAAAGUCGAGCAUGUUUAAGGUAACAAACCUGAAUUCUUUUUUUGAAGAUGUGCGCGACGCAGAAGAUGCUCUUCACAACCUGGACAGGAAGUGGGUGUGUGGCCGACAGAUUGAAAUCCAGUUCGCGCAGGGCGAUCGAAAGACACCUAAUCAGAUGCAAGGGAAGGAGGGGGGAUCUUCGCGCAGCUCUUCGCGGCAUGAUGAUCGGGAUUAUGAUCGGGACAGCCGUCGUAGGCGCUCUCGCAGCCGUAGCUACCAAAGACGCAGGUCACGCAGCCCAUCCUACGAGCGCCGGCCCAGACGCUCUGAGAGUCCCCGAGACUCACGUGGAAGGAUGUACGGAGGGAGAGGAAGGAGCAGGAGCCCGGAAAACGACAGGCACAGACCCCCUCCACGCGACCACAGACGACCCCCUUCCAGAUCCAGGGCCCAGAGGGAGGCCAGAGGAAAGUCUCGUUCCCACUCGAAGUCCCUGAGCCCACGAGAUGGCGACUUCCACCCAGCCCCCGGUGGCUAUGAGCCUCAGGACGAGGCGUCGUCCCGUAUGCGUUCCCUGUCCCGCUCGCGUUCCCAUUCCCUCUCACGGUCCCGCUCUCGCUCCAGGUCCUGGACUGGACGCAAGUCAGGGGGACAUUAAAAAAACAUGUUUGUUUAAUCUUUUUGACCGUAGUUAUCUUGCUGGAUAAUUGAAUGUUCAUGGAACAGUCAAUGGUUGGUUUGUUUGUGAAAAUGAUCUUCCUUAGUUUGACGAAAGAGAAACAUGGUAUCCUUCUGUUUUAAAUCCAUCAGUCCCGGCAAUGUCCUGCCGUUUACACCCUCUCUGUUUCUAGUCAUUAUAUCCUAUGUAAAAGUGUUGUCGUUCAGAAGACCCAGGGCUAGAAGGACUGUACAGGCCAAGAUCAAGACUGGGAUUCAAUCCCAUCAGCAGUAGGUUUGUGUAAUAACACACAACAUUUUAAAGGCAAUUUCCGGUUGAGCCGACAUAUGCAGCGUUUACCAUGAAUGCGGUCUCGGCGAACGAGGUUACAUUGCUUUUUAAAGGGCUGAUCAGAUUGAAUCCUGGCCCUUGUCACUAAAAUCCUUACCUUGACUGUCUAGUCGGGUACAUUAGACACUGGCCUGUAUAAGAGCCUCUAGGCGCUGGUACCAGUUCCAUUUUCUACUGCUGUUUUUUAAGAUUUGUUCAGCGAUACAGGCCCAUGUUACAGUCCUGUUUUGAUUGAAUACAUUCGGCUAGCACUAAUUUUCAUGCCUUCCAGGAAUUCUAGAAUCAUUUCGGUAGCCUCAACUGUCAACUGAAGGUUUCUAAGUUUGAUUUAGUUGGCUAUGGUUUGUUACAUAGCCUGCUGUAUGUUUUAUGACAUAGGAACAUGACCUUGAUCCUUCUCUCUGUGUUAGUGCUUCAUACUCAACGGUUCUUAUGAUGGCUUGUAUUCUAUCAUCUUUGUUUCCUUUGAACAGCAACUCAAGAGGCGUAGCUAGUCUUCCUUCUAAAUAUCAGUAAUACUCUAUUGUAUAUGCGACUGUAUCUUGAGUAAUAAAUGCGUACAAAUGAAUGGUA